AUGAGUGGUGCCAACAACGAUCCCUGCUCGAUCCUAAUCGCUACGCUUCACCGUCGGGUUCGAGCGUUGCCGCCCGUAAAACAGCAUCGAACUUCGGCUCAGCUUGACCCGAUUGUACAACGAGCUCUUACGGUACCCGUACGAGUUCUGUUAGCGUUCGUGAAACGCGCACGGCAAACGCACUUCCAACUGAUGAUUAUCGAACAUCAUUGGCACGUGACUAUCAACCAUGAGCCACAUGACAAUCAUCAUUCGGAAGUGCGCCGGUGUUCUAACGGCACUAGUGGUUACGGACCGCCUCACAGUUUCGAAUUCCCCGCCUUAAUGCCACGUUACUGUAAUGAGAUAUUGUUUGUGUACCUACUGCUUGUUUCCUUUCAAAUACAGUCAAAUGAUAUGGAAUACCAGCAACAACUACAUACUAACUAG